AUGACACGAAAGGCCGNNUCUCUAGGUGUCUCCUACCCCCUAGAAAUCCUGUCCUUCAAGAUCCGCGCAAACGGUCUACUCAUGCAAAACAUCUCCACCUACGUCUGUCUCGCAAUUUCACAAUACGUCAUCCCCCUCGGCAUCUCGGCAGGAAGUUGGAAGUUCUAUUUCUUCUUCGAGGGCUGGUUGGUUAUCCAGCUCGUCACUGUGUUUUUCUGUUUCCCAGAGACUAGAGGUGCAACUCUAGAAGAGAUCAACCAGACAUUUGAUGGUGUGGAGGCUGUAGAAGAGGUCAAGAAUAAAGCGCAGGAGAUGGAGGGAGUGAUGGAUUUGAGGGAGAUGGGGACGGUUGGGGGUAAGGAAGGGGCGAGUGGGGUGGAGGUUACGCAUGUUGAGGAUAUUCAUGAGAGGAAGAUUUGA